CGAUAAUACAAUACUAUUAUCCCCGUUCUCGAGCCUCCUUGACCUUUCUGUUUUUGGAGGUUGGAAAAGCUCCUUUUUGCUAUAAUCAGAUUCCGCCGAUUCCGCAGCGUAAUAUCUGAUCAAGAUGGCUCCCAUCUCGAUUUCUGACAUUGUCUCCUCUCUCCCCUCUGGAGAGGAAUGGGGCCCCCCCACGUUGUCUGAAAACAUCCUCGACGGUGUUCCUUAUGCUCCUUUCUCCAAGGGCGAUAAGCUUGGUCGCAUGGCCGAUUGGACUACUGAAGGAAAAGAUCGUGAGCGCGGUGGGCGUCAAAAUUACAACCGUAAUUUCCGUGACCAACAGGUGUACGGUGCUGGCUCUUCCAGUCUCUUCGCUAUCCAGGUUGCUGAAGAUGAGUCGUCCUUCUCUGUUGUCGACAACACUCGUACAUCUGCCAAACCGAGAGGCUUUGGACGUGGUGGUGGUACCAUUUUCCGUGGACGUGGCCAACGUGGCGCAAUGCAACGUGGUGGACGAGCUGGCUUCCAAAGAGUUGGUGGCGGUGGUCGUGGACAAGACCGUGGCUAUGAUCAACGAGGUGGUGGACGUGGUGGCCGUGGACGCCGCUUCGGCUGGAAGGACUACGACAAGCCGCAGCGCAACCGUGACAGCUCAGUCAACAUUCGACCAGAGUGGGCUCUCCUUGAAGAAGUUGAUUUCAACCGCCUGUCCAAACUCCAUCUGGAGUCUCCCGAUGGCGAGGAUCUUGAAAACUACGGUUUCCUCUACGCGUACGACCGAUCGUACGACAAGCCCCCUGUCAAGGGCGCUGAGCGCAAGCUGCAGUCCCUCGACCGCGCUGCUUACAAUGUGACUACAUCAUCAGAUCCAGUCAUUCAAGACCUAUCUGAAAAGAGCGAGGCUACUGUAUUUGCGACUGCCGAUAUCCUGUCGAUGCUCAUGUGUGCUCCUCGCAGUGUUUACUCGUGGGACCUCGUCAUCAUCAAGCAAGGCGGCAAGAUCUACUUCGACAAGCGUGAGGGUGCUUCGAUUGAUCUCGUCACAGUGAACGAGAAUGCUGCCGAUGCUCCUCUCGAAAUCUCUGAAACCGGCGGCAAACAAGAAACCCUGAACAGCCCUGGCUCUCUGGCUCUGGAAGCCACUGUUAUCAACCACAACUUUGCUCUCCAGACUGUUCUCGAGUCCUCUAAGGACAAGGUUGAAUUCCCUAGCCCGAACCCCUUCUACAACGCUGCAGAAGAGACCGAGCCUCUUGCAUCGAAGGCGUACAAGUACCGCCGCUUCGACCUGUCUCUCGAAAAGGACGAGGAGCCUCUCAACCUGAUCGUUCGAACUGAGGUCGACGCUUUCAUCAAGAGUUCCAGUGGUCCUGAUCAACACAUCGUGAUCAAAGCCCUGAACGAGUUCGAUCACAAAGCCCAAGGUGCCGGUGGCGCUCUAGACUGGCGUACCAAGCUAGCCUCGCAGCGCGGAGCCGUCGUGGCAACCGAAAUGAAGAACAACAGCUGCAAACUUGCGCGCUGGACGACCCAAGCCAUCCUCGCCAAGGCCGACCACAUGAAGCUCGGUUUCGUGUCGCGCAGCAACCCACGCUCUUCUGCGUCACAUGUCGUCCUGGGUGUCGUCGGCUACAAGCCUCGCGAAUUUGCCACACAAAUGAACUUGAAUCUCGGAAACGGAUGGGGUAUUGUGCGCACAGUUGUCGAUCUCAUUCGCAGCAUCGACGAUGAGGAAGAGGAAGACACUGAAGAGAAAAUCAAGAAAUACGUGCUUGUCAAGGACCCCAACAAGCCAGUCGUGCGUCUGUACAGUGUGCCUACCAACACAUUCGAGGAAGAUGACAAUGCCGCGGAAGAGCCCGAGGCGAAAGUUGAAGAGGAGGAAGAGUAAAAGAUGUUGACAAAUUAAAUAGUAUCUUCUCUUUCCUUUUCUCUCCCCUGUCGUUUUCUCUGACUAGAGCAUAUCCAUUUACGUUCCUGAUGUGGUGUCUUUACGUCCUUUUCCAUUUUUGUCAAGUGUAAUGACAUGAUCCAAUUCUUAUCAAUGAAAAGUCUUUUUAUAUCUAAACCUAAACAUCAGUCUUUGGAUAGAUGUUGAUAUCUUAGAAUCAUUUUUACGUAUCUACACCGGUUUGGGCACUAGCCAAGCAGCUUAAAAAUGUUCAAUAUUCAUUUAACUU